UAAAUUUGUAAAACUGUCUUAACCUAGAUAUCGGGUAAUUCUUCUACAAAAAAAAAAAAAAUUGUGAUAUUGGUCUGACAUUUUAAUCUUAAAUGAGAAGAUUUUACCCAGUUGGUUUUCCUCUAUUAGAAUGUAGGACGCCCUGGCUUGACCGAGAUGACCCCAGUGGAGUAGGAGACUAUGAGACGCUGUCGUUACUCCUGAUAAGAUACCCACUGCAGGUCUGCCCUAAGCCCAUCGCCAUAGAGGUCACAACCAUUAGUGGGACCCCUGCACUGCCACCUGGAAACAUUUUUGUAGUAUAUGACCCGUUACAAGGCUUUGAGUGUAAGAAUGGGGCCUGUGAAGACUACAGGGUCCGCUUCACAUGUCCAUUAAGUUUCUGCAACACAACAUGUGUAACCAUGUGGUUUGAUUCCGACGACCCUAAAACAAAUGGAAGCGACUCUGAACUCUUGUCUAACCUUCUCACUAUGUACCCUGGAGAAAUAUGUACUAAUCCAAUUGGAAUAGAGGCUAAGACUGUCUCUGGUCAGGAAGCGUAUAAAACUGGAGACAUCUUUCUAGUGUAUAAUACAGUUUCUGGGUUUGCGUGUGUAAAUGCAGGCCAGACAGGAGGAGGGGUUUGUGAUGAUUAUAAAGUGCGAUUCUCAUGCCCAGAGACAUUUUGCUCAACUUGUAGGACAUCUUGGUUUGACAGAGAUGACCCUGAUAAUCCAGGAGAUCGUGAGAUCUGGAAAGACAUUCAGACAUCACCAUAUGUCUGUACGUCACGUGUCACAUAUCUGCCCAUUGCUAUUGAGGUGGUGACAACCGUUAGUGGGAGCCCUGCACUGCUGACUGGAAACCUUUUUCAAGAAUUUGAUCCACAUGAGGGCUUUGAAUGUGUGAAUGAUCAGCAGGAUGAGGGGGUCUGUCAGGACUACAAAGUCCGCUACACAUGUCCGAAAAUAUUCUGCGAGAUGGUAGAUUACUCAAACCACACAAUUGAUUAUCGAACCUUUAAUGGCAGAAAUUAA